AUGGAUCCGUUUGCCAGCUAUGCGCCCAUCGAAAACCCACAGCAGUUCUGGGCCGAACUCGACGAGAUCCUUGACACGCCCUUCCACCCGCCGUCGCAGUACGAUACUCCGCAUGCAUCGACAUCAUACGAAGCGACUGGCCAUCAAGACGAUGCUAUCUUCCAGGCAAAGCGCACCUACACCACCAGCAUUCUCGCCAAGUUCCUCCAUCUUUGUGCCGCCUCGUUCAACGACAAUCUCACCUCCGAAUACAACCAAGAGUACUGCAUCAACCGCCUCUUCUCUUCGACAGCCUUUCGCGAUGAUGUUGAUACAGCAGCCGGCGAGACUCCCACCAACAUCGCAAUGCAUCAGCUCGCCGCAGAGGAAGCGAUACGAAUCAUGCAAACAUCCACCUCUAUCCCCAUCCUGCUCAUGACCUACGAGAUCGUGCUCCAGUACGGCGAUGCGUUUCCUUCCGCAUACAAGUCGAUCCAGACGUCGGCCUCGGCAGUCUCCUUUGUCGGCGUCCGCGCUUUCUUGCAUCGACUCGUGCAUCAGAUCUGGGCGGGCAGCUAUGCAGCACAGGCAGAAGCAAAGAUCGGCAUCUCAGAGUCGGGCGCAGUCGGCUGGAGCGGCGCUCACUGGGACCAGGAGCGUUCAGCAGCAUCGAAGUCUUCACACUCAACAAGCUCACGGCCUUCCUACACCUCGCGAGGUCUCACCUCUUCGUCCGCCUCCAAGGACAUCGCCAUUCAGAUCAGUCUGCGCGAGAAGGCCGCCCGCAUGCUGUACGAGGUCUGUCGUGUUCAGAAACUCGAGCCGGAUCAUCUCAAAGCUUUCGACGAGCGAUUCAUCCACCACCUAUUUGACCUCGUUGAAGAGACCCGUUUCCAUCACGAUGAGGACUUCAACUACCGCCUCAUCAAGCUUCUCGUCGCCAUCAACGAGCAGUACAUGGUGUCCACCCUUACUUCCUCUGCUCCCGCUCACGCCUCAUCCGCUCCCGGUCAGAUCAAUUCGGCAACUCCCACCAGCUCAAGACCCGUCAACCUCGUACUCAGCGUCCUGCAACAGCGACUCAACGCAAGCAAGACCUUUGGCGAGAACCUCAUCUUCAUGCUCAACCGCGCCAGCAGCUCCGACGCCGAAGAUGUCUGUAUGCAGCUGCUUGUGCUCAAGCUCCUCUACCUUCUCUUCACCACCAAGGAGACCGCAUGCUACUUUUACACCAACGACCUCCGCGUUCUGGUCGAUAUCUUCAUCCGCGAGCUGCACGACUUGCCGGAUGAGAGCGAGUCGUUGCGGCACACCUACUUGCGAGUAUUGCAUCCGCUGUUGACCAACACGCAGCUGUGCACGUAUCCGUAUAAGCGGCCCCAGAUUAGGAGGCUAUUGAAGGGCUUGAUUGCUCAUGGGCAUCUGAAUGACAUCUCGACUACAACGACGAGGUUGGUGGAGCGGUGUUUGCGGGCCGAAUGGUGUGUCGAGCUGGACAGGUUGGAUGGAACGGAGCGAGUUGCAGUGGUUGAGCCUAUCGGAGGAGGCGAGGCACAUGUCAAGGCGAUGCACGCGGGAGUUACAACAGAAGGUCUGCCGAUGCUGGCGACAAAGAUCAAGGAGAACAGCAACUCAGUGCAAGCUACAGCUAAUUCGCUGGCCAUCACAACAGAGGACGAGGUGGCCAGUCCCAUCGACAUCCACACGACGCUCUUUCCGUCGAGCAUGAGCACGGAGGGCACCUUCGAUACCGCUGCCCUCGACCACGAACACACUGGGUCCCUCAAUGUACCCUCCACCAUGCGCACACGCGACAAGAGGGUAGCGUCGCUCUCGCAUCCACGCGAAGAGUCGGUCGGAGGCACGCUCCUGCGCCCUACGUCUGCAGCCUCGCUCAGCAGAGCUACUGGCAAGCAGCACAGCAACGGUAAACGUACGAUCUCGGCCCAGUCCGCGCCGUGUACGCCUCCUCGGGUCAACUCGCCCUCGAUAGGGUCACGGCAGAACUCAGGACUGUCGACGUCAGGAGACUACGAGGACGACGAAGUGGGCUCCACCUCGAGCUCGUGGCAUGCGCACAUGGCGGAGGACCCCUCGCCCGAGUCUGGCAGGAAUCAUCACGAAUCGGCAAUCUCGGUCGGUCCGCACCUCUAUCAGUCUUUGCAGACGCAGGAAGCGGCCCCCCGCAUCGGCUCGCCGCUGAGCAGCGAGUCGACCAUGCAGAUCCUCGAUGCGCAUGUGGGGCAUCUCGCCGAUGGAUCCGACUCGACGGUCGUUGCUGACUCGAACGGUAUGUCUACGAUCGGGAGCGUCGUGGCAGACGGAGCGCCGAAACGACGCAAGCCGCCACAGCCACCCAGCCAAGCACGGAGAGCUAUGCAGGUGUCGUCCUCGGACCCGUCGGUCUCAUUGGGCGGCUCGAGGUGCGCCAGCCCGUACGCCGGGUCUUCGGCGAGCGGCUCACCCUCUACGGAAGAUGUACCCCCCGGUCAAGCUGCGGGAAGUGUGGGCAAGAGUGGCGGUCGAAGAAGACCCCCACCUCCCCCACCAUCAGCGACCGCCCCGACCGCGGCGAGCACGAGUGUAGCAGGCAACGGAGAGAUGGGAAGUGGAGAGGACGCGGACGAGCUGGCCAACGCACAGAGCUGGUACAUCGCCGAACGGCUGCGUCGCGGCUUACGCAUUCGUUAG